GAGACAGUAUCGAAGCCUGGCAGAGUGGUGCUGAGGGGGGUAGAGUUCGCUACGUCGGGCCAGUAUAGAUGUGAAGUGUCGGCCGAGGGCCCAGAUUUCAACACUGUCACUGGCAAGGGCAGUCUCCUGGUGGUGGAGCCACCAACGUCGGGCCCCGUGAUCACAGGAGGAAAGGCCAAAUACCACGUCAACGACACUGUUGAUUUGGCUUGUACAUCUAGUCCCUCCCAGCCCCCGACACACCUCUCCUGGAGAGUCAAUGGUCGAUCGGCGCCGCAGGAGAUGGUGACGAGAGAGCGGCCUUACACGACGCAGGACGGUCUCAUGACGCAAAUCUCCAGGCUGACCUUCAUGGCCAAGCCCUUCCACUUCCAGCGAGGAGUGUUGAGGAUCAAGUGUGUGGCGGAGAUCAGCGGCGACAACCUCGCCCACCACAACACCAUCCCCGACACCUUCAGAGCGUGGGAGAGGUCCUUCCAGGCGAGCGCGGCGGCGCCGGUCGCAGCGCCCAGCCUGCCGUUCUUCGCCCUCUGCGUCACCGCUGCCGCCGCCUGCGUUAUCGUCGCCACCUUCACCUCCUCUACUGCUGCCUCCUUCGUCGCCGCCGCCUCCACCGCCUCCGCCAGAUGAGGACCAGCGCCAUAACACACAUUAUUGUACUUAAAUGCUUGUCCCUGUGGAUCCGGAGGGAGGAUCCGGAUCCGGAAGGUCGUCCCUGUGGAUCCGGAAGGUCGUCCCUGUGGAUCCGGAGGGACGUCCCUGUGGUUCCGGAAGGUCGUCCCUCUUGUGCGGAAGAUUCGUCCCUGUGGUUCGUCUCUAAGCGGACUGUAUGAGCAGAAUAGGUUUACAGUUUGUGUUAUAGACGUGUGUGUGUGUGUGUGUGUGUGUGUGUGAGCUUCCGCUCCCCUCACGCAAGGCAAUGGACUAUUGGUGUGGAUGAGACCUAAGCCAUACUAGCCAGCUACCCAAUCACGAUGGUGAGACACAGAUUGUCGGCCAAUCAUAGCAUACAACACAGGAAACUAGCCAACCACCACACAACCAAGACAAACCAAUCACAGUAAUGGAUUACACUCUCCCGGCAAAUUCUUCUUCUUCGAGAGAGAGAUGUAUGAAACUAAUUUCAUUGCCUAGAAUUUAAUCUGUAUUUUAGAUACAAAUACGUAAUAUUUAAUAAUACAUACAGGUAUACGUGCGUGCGCAUCUACACACGAGUAGAGAGAGAGAGAGAGAGAGAGAGAGAGAGAGAGAGAGAGAGAGAGAGAGAGAGAGAGAGAGAGAGAGAGAGAGAGAGAGAGAGAGACAGAGAGACACAGAUGCAGAAAACGGGAGUCAAUAUCAUACUCGUGUACCAAAAGAUCUUCUAUAUCAUUAACAAUACUCCCAUAGACAAAACACACAUCUUCUUCCCCUCCCUACGCCCUUCCUUUCCCCCAAACUUCCUCCCUGCCAUUAUUUUUCCCCCACCUCCCUCCCUCCUUCCCAAGGAGAGAGGCUCAGGUAGGGGCCUGACAAGCUGAGUGGACAGCGCUUCGGAUUCGUAGUCCUGAGGUUCCGGGUUCGAUCUCCGGUGGAGGCGGAAACAAAUGGGCAGAGUUUCUUUCACCCUGAUG